AUUACUUUGCUUUCUUGUCUAGGGAAAUUGGGCUUUGUGCUUGGUGGUGGGGAUGGUGCUAAUUAAGAUGAGAGUCGGUCGUUAUGUUGCAGCUUUUGUUUUCCUUGCUUUUCUUGUUACCGACGUAGCUUUUGCUGAUGCUAAUGGUGUUGGGGAUGAUAAGCACUUCUUUGGACGUCGGUUUGGCUUUGGGUACAAGGGGGGUUUAGGCCAUGGGAUUUAUAAGAAGGGAUUUAAGGGGUUUGGUAAGGGUGGUGGACUAGGGGGAGGUAUAGGUGGUGGUGGCGGUCUUGGUGGAGGAGGAGGUUUAGGUGGUGGUGGUGGUCUUGGCGGAGGUGGUGGACUGGGUGGUGGUGGUGGUCUUGGCGGAGGUGGUGGACUGGGUGGUGGUGGUGGUCUUGGUGGAGGUGGUGGACUGGGUGGUGGUGCAGGUGCAGGUGCAGGAGGUGGAUUUGGGAUUGGAGGAGGUUUUGGAGGUGGCGCAGGUGCUGGCGGGGGCCUAGGUGGUGGUGGUGGGUUUGGUGGAGGUGGUGGUGGAGGUGCCGGUAUUGGUGCUGGAUUUGGAGGUGGAGCAGGCUUUGGUAUUGGUGCUGGUGGUCGUCAUUGACUUCUUCGUCAUUUAAAAUAUCAGUCAUAUUAUGUGAAGAAAUUAAAGAUACGUAAAGUAGAUGCAUGCAUGCAUGGUUCCUACGAAUAAUUCAUUAAUCGUCGUCGUUAGAUAUCUAAGAAAAUUAGGUCAUCAAUCAUGAUGACUAGUCCCCCACAAACUUCCCAGCAGCAUUUUGUCAUAGAAUUCAUCUUCAUUAUGUCAUAUUAUGUGUUGACCUUCUACUUGGAGUGUUUGAAAGAAAUUUGUUGUGAGAUGGGUUGAAUUACCUAAACUGUAACAAAUGUAUCCAUUUCAUCAUCAAUAAAUUAGUGCCUCUAAUCUUUUGUCUAAUUA